AUGCUCAUGUAUGGUGGCAUUUAUACCUACUACGGCCACCAGCCGCUGGUCUUCAAUGUUUUCCCUUGCUGGUGGGCCUUUUGCAACGUCUCGAGCAUUUUCGUCGGCAUCUCCAUCACUUACAGGUACCGCCACCUGCUUGAAGGGUGGAGAAGCUGCUUGGUUCCUCCAAUUUUACCGCUUUGCUACGCUGGUCCGCAAGUCCUCGCAGCUCUGCCUACCAUUUACGCGAUUCAGGCAGACUAUUUACCAAUGGUUACACAACUAUGUGGCAUCGUCACUUGUGCCCUUGCGGUUGUUCAAGCCGGUAUUACUAUGGACAUCGUCCUGGGGCGCGAUCCAACGGACAUCAACAAAGUUGGUCGGGAUACUCAAUCUCAGCUAGGUCAUCAAAAGCUGUUCUGA